GGGAAGUUGUUUUGAAGUUUUGAAUAAAAAUAAUAACGAUUGAUAUUUCUAAAUAAAUAAAACAACACAAUUUAAAAAUAAAAAUAUGGAAAAACGUACAUUUCUACAAAAAUACCAAAUACCAAUUAAUCAUUUGGACUUUGAUUACGUCAAAACCUGCAAAAAUGCGAAGGAAAUGGAACAAAUUGUAACAAUUCUAAGAUCUGGAGAAGAGGGUUACUUUCCCGAUUUGACAAAAUGUGCCGAAGACAAAUUAAGAGAACUUAAACCUCAUAGUCGUGCCUUGAGAACUGAGGAACGAGUUAUUACCAAAAACAGUUUAAGUUCAAAAGAUUUGGAGGAAUAUAAUGCACCGAUAACAGAAUGGUCGACGGAUAUCAAAAAUAAGGACUCAUUGCUUUCGAAAAUACAACAAGGUUCACAAAAUGAUGCAGUUCCUGAACUACCACCCAUCAGGAAAGGAGGAAAAGUUACCACUAAAAAAGAAGUCUCGAAUGCAAACAAUAAUCCGGAGAAGAAAUCCAGGAAUACCGGUCAGGUUAAAAGUUCUACAAACUAUAACCAAUGGGAUAAAUAUGAUGCCGAUUCUGAAAUUCUUAAAAUGGACCUUGCAGAGGAACGCAACAAGGAAGAAGUUGAACGCAAGAAUAGGAUGAACAAGAACAAGAAACUUGAAGGUGCUACCGGGGCUGGUGAAAGUAAAUCGAAAAUUUAUGAAAAACUUACAAAAGUCGAGAGAGAAAAACUAGCGGAAGACUUCAGAAUUCGUGGAAAUGAGUUCUUCAAGUUGAAAGAGUACACAAAUGCAUUGGAACAAUAUUCUCGUUGUACAGAAAUUCUACCUUCCGUAGCUGGUUACAAUAAUCGAGCCAUCGCAAAUUUAAAGUUGCUUAAGUAUUCCGAUGCGCUUGCAGAUUGCAAUAAUUGUUUACAGCUUGAUGAGAAGAAUUUAAAGGCAUGGUUUCGCAAAGCCGAAGCAUAUUUGGGUAUGGACAUGAGACAUGAUGCUCUUCGAGCAUAUGAAAUGGUAAAGCUUAUUGAUCCCACCAAUUCUAUCGCUUGUAAGGCCUUAGAAGACCUUCCAAAGGAGCUGGGUGAAGUAGCACCAAUUAAUGCUACACGACUUCAAAUUACCGAAAUUGACAAUGAUUCAGAGGAGGAUAGUAUUUCUGAAAAAUCUAAGCCUCCACUGAAGGUUUCAACGGCUCUAUAUGCCCAAAAGGCCUACUCACAACAGCCGAAGCAAACUCCGAAAGACUAUGAUUUAGCUGAAUUGAUUAAACCAAAUAAAGUGGUUAAAAAUAGUUUGAUGAAAACAAUGGAAAAUUUGGGCAAAGUUAAAUCCAAGGCAUUGGACCCGAGUGACAAGAAAAGUUAUGAAAGCCCUAAAAAGCCUAUGCAACUCAAGAAUACAACACCAGAUUUGAAACUACGAGUUGAAACGCCAAAUGAAAGGUCAAGAUUGAAUGGAGGAGGAAAAAUGUUGAUUCAAGAGUUGUAAUUUAGUUUCACUUACACAAAUUAACAAAUUGAAUUUAUUAAAUUAUAUAAACUGUUUAAGUUUUUGUUUAAAAUAGAUAUUUGGAGAUGCGGGGCAUCGAUCCCCGUACCUCUCACAUGCUAAGCGAGCGCUCUACCAUCUGAGCUACAUCCCCUGAUAAAAAUUUUGGAGGCAAAUAUUCUUAUUUAAUUUUUUAAAAUUUGUCUUAAUAUCGAAGACAAAAACCAUAUAUAGGGUUGUUGUAUAUGCUAAUUGGGACAUGGGACAAAUUCGGAACUCUGAUUGCAAUAUGAAUAAAAAGGUGACUAAUAAGAAACAUUAUAGGAAACACUUUUUAUAAUAAUUAUAAGAAGCUAUAACUUCUUUUAAAAAUCCUACUCACAAAAAUUAUUUCAAAGUUAUUACAGAAAAUCAAUUAAAACUUCAAAUCGCUUCAGAAAAUAAAUUAAAUAAAGAUUUCAUUGUGCAAAACUGUCAAUUUCUAGUUAAAUUUAAAGUUUCUUGUUUAGGUGAAUAAGUUUUAAGUAGAAAUAC